UAUUAUUAUUACACCGUUAUCACUCAUUCAUGCAUUGACUUGAGGCUGCACGCUAUGAGAGGGAGAAGAUGUUGCAAAAGAGAUAACAGUUGAGAUAAUCAUGUGUAGAGUGCUAGUGUACGUUAGCAUGCUCCAAGUUAGCUGGAGUUAGCAGCUCACCGGGUGAACAUCAGAGGCAUUUCACCACUGAGGUCACUUGGAGUGAAGUGAUCUUUAACCUUUAAGGUGUCUGACAGAAAGAGAGAACUCUUCUGACCAUUUUGGACACGAUGGCACCUCACCCGGUGGUCCAAGCCAUCAUUGACCUCUCUGCUGGAGCUAUAGGGGGGGCGGCGUGUGUUUUCAGUGGUCAACCUCUGGACACCGCCAAGGUCAAGAUGCAGACCUUUCCCACACUCUACAGGGGCUUCGUCCACUGCAUCACGUCUACCUACAAACAAGUUGGUAUACGGGGCCUCUACCAGGGAACCUCGCCGGCUCUAAUGGCCAACAUCGCUGAGAACUCUGUGCUCUUCAUGAGCUACGGCUUCUGCCAGCGGGUCAUCCGCUUCACGGCGGGGCUGCACAGUGACGCCGUGCUCAGUGAUAUGCAGAAGGCGUGUGCCGGCUCAGUGGCAUCCAUCUUUUCUUCGCUGGUACUCUGCCCCACGGAGCUGGUCAAAUGUCGGCUACAAGCUAUGUAUGAGAUGGAGGUCUCGGGCAAGAUUGCAAGGAGUCAGAACUCAGUGUGGUCGGUGGUAAAGUCCAUCAUGAAGAACGAGGGGCCGCAGGGCUUCUUUCAAGGCCUGACCACAACCAUUGCACGAGAGGUCCCCGGUUACUUCUGCUUCUUUGGCGCCUACGAGCUCUGCCGCAGCGGUUUUGCAGAUUACAUGAAAUGUAACAAAGACGACAUAGGUGUGGCUCCAGUUGUAUUCAGCGGUGGUUUUGGAGGGGCAUGCCUUUGGCUGGUGGUCUACCCGAUGGACUGUGUCAAGUCCCGCAUCCAGGUCAUGUCCAUGACAGGCAAACAGGCUGGAUUUUUCAAAACCUUUAUGACCAUUGCACGCAGUGAAGGUAUGAGAGCGCUCUACUCCGGUCUCACCCCCACCAUGGUCCGCACCUUUCCUGCUAACGGAGCACUCUUCCUGGGCUACGAGGCCAGCCGCAAGGUCAUGAUGAAGCAGUUUGAGUGAAUGAUGCAUUCUUUCAAACAAGCUCUGAAGGAGCAGCAGUCUCAGUGUAUUAGCUCAUGAAGAUUCCCGCGCGUGUGAGAGAUCUGCGUGUCUUUUUAACUUACACAUAGUGUUUACAUCUUUUUAAUCAUGGUAUUAUUUCAUAUUUUUAGAGCCAAAAUUCUAAGAGACAGCUAUUUGAUGUGGAAUUGUCAACACUCCAUUCUUGCCUACCUCAGUGACAAAACGCACAAAAGUAUAAAUAUUACAUUUACAUAAGCACAUCAAACACUCCUUUUAAUGCACAAAUAUUUUAGACUACAGGCGUUCACUGCUCUGAUGCAGCACUAAAUAUUUGAUUAUAUAACUCUUUUUAGUAGCCUAAAAUGUUGCAGUUCAUUAGGUUUCAGAAAGAGUGUCAUUUAUGGGUUACUAUUCAACAAACUUGUUCUAAUGAUAACGUGUUCUUAUAGGUGUUCUUAACCCAGCUGAAACACUCCAUUGCAACUUACCAUCUCACUUGUUUACCUUCUGUCUGUUGUUGUGUCAUCCCAUCCACUCCUAUUGUGAAGUCUCCACUGUUGCACAGCACAACACUUGCCUUUCAAAUCUUCUCAUUCUGCCUUUUAUUGUGUUUUCAAAUACCACUGUAGUGCUAAUUGCCCUCGGUGUGCAGGGUUGUUCCACUGUUUCGAAGUACAGUACACAGUUCUCAAGUCCUUUUUAAUGCAAAUUUGUUUUAUUAACAUAACACUAAAAGUAGUUGUGUGCAGUAUAUAUAACAACCUUGAUAUUGUAGUUACAAAAUUCAUAUUAAAUUUUUCUCUGGAAAGCUUAUUGUCGUGCGUUUUUGAAUACAACUGCUAUGCGAUGUGAAAUAUAAUGCAGCGAGCUACAGCACAUUUAUAGAAGUAUAAACUAAUGUGAAUUCAUGAAGGAAUUUUACAUUUCUGCUUCAGUUUGUUAGUGGGACAUCUGGUGAAAUGUACAUAAAAAUGUGAAGUUGCCAUGUGUACAGCUCCUAUUGUGCAGCUGCUGCAGCCUGCCAGCAGAGGGCGCAUCGAAGCCGCAAGCACAAGAGACAUGAGGCAAUGCAUAAAUUCGGGUAGUAAAAAAGCAACAUGUCGGCUGGCAGGGUUUCAUUCCAACCUGGCAGCGUGAAGUUUUCUAGAUGAUUGUUUUGCUUCUGCAGGUUCCACACAGGCAGCCAAAGAGGCCAUUGAUCAUCUGGACGGCACAGAGAACCAGCUGCAGACAGCUGCAGGCCAACAGGGUACCAAACAGUCCAGCGUUGAACUGCACAAUGUUCUUAGGCUCCAUGCAUUUCCCCCACCAUUUGUUGUCAGUCAGGUAAUUCAGAUCACUGGGCACACAGGAGAGUUACAUUAGUGGAAAAUGUAUCCUGUUCACAUUUGUGAGACUACAACAGGGCUCAGCAACCAUAGGGGCGUGUCCCAAAAAGUUUGGUUGAAAUGCGUAUUUUUUUCUGCAUAUACAGCACAGGCCAAAGGUUUGGACACAUCAUCUUCUCAUUCAAUGUGUUUCCUUUAUUUGUAAAUAUGACUAUGACUAUUUACAUUGUAGAUUCUCAAAACCAUGAAUGAACACAUGUGGAAUUAUGUAUUUAACAAAAACGUGUGAAAUACCUCUUAAAUAUAUUUUAGACAUAUAUUUUGUCUUUUUUUUUGCUGCAAACCCUUGGUGUUCUCUCAAUGAGCUUCAUGAGGUAGUCACCUGAAAUGGUUUCCACUUCACAGGUGUGCCUGUGAGCAAUCUAUCAGUGCUCAGUUGUACGUCUGUUAUUGUAUUUACUACUGCUACCAGUAGAGGGUGUUGUAUACUCAUGUUGAAGGUGUGCAGCGCCACCUAGUCUGUGUGUUUACGUGCCUGCACGAGCAAUUAGGAACCCACAGCAGACAAGAGCCUGCCAAAUAUAGAGCCGCAACAGGCCUUAUUGGCUAAGGGAGAACCCGCCUGUUGUGUUAUGCGUCCCGAUUGGCUGUAGACAAUUGUCAAUCUCAUUCAAAACUGCAAACUUCAUGAGCUGCUUGCUAACCGCCAAUAAACGAUAGAAGAGGAAGAAGAAGCUAACCCGACUAAAUUAAUCUUCUGUUCAAGGAGUACGACGAGGAGGACGGUAGGAGCAAUAUGUUAUAACAAGGAUACAAAAACUACAGCUAAACAUUCAAUGACAUUUGUAUUAAAAAUGUGACAAAAUGUUUUUGCCUGUCUGAGAAAAGUGUAUGGUGAGGGGUUUACAGCCUUUAAACAUAUAUGAUAAUUGUAAACAAAUAAAGUUGGCUACUUUGCGGAUAUCACUUCCUGCGGGCUAUUUUGGGAACCUAUCCCCCUCGAUAAACGAGGGAACACUCUAGGCCACAUGUGUCAAACUCAUGCCAUGGAUGGCCGAGAUGCUGCAGGUUUUCUCUCCAACCAGUUUCUUCAGCAGGUGAUUUAA